AUGAGAUUAAUGGAGAAGACUAUUGCGCUCUUGGAGGUGAUAGAGGAAGAUAAGGCGCGAGACGAGUACCCACUGUUUAAGCAUAUUUUGGAUUUCGCGAAGCAGAACGGGCACGAGGACAAGGUGCCCUUGGAGAAAAGCGCAGAGGGAGAGGACCCAUCCGCUGCAAACGUGGUACCAGCAAUGUCAACAGGUGCAAAGGCAUUUGUGGCGCAGUUGCUGAAGCUGUAUUGUGAAAGCUCAAAUGCGAGGCGCCUGCUGCAGAAGCACCAAGGUCAGAGCGUAAAGGAGCUGUUCGGAAAGGACAGCACUCUCGACAUGCAGAGGGCAGGUUUGUUCCAGCUGAUGCGUGAUGAGCUGCAGAGCCCUAAGCUGAAAAAGACUGCGAAGCAGGUGAUGAUGAAGAUGAAAGAAGAGGAGAAAGGUGCAGCUGGCAUGGCGGAGUUCCUCAACAUGUUCACGGUGGGCAAGAAGCUCGGCGAGCUGCAGAUCCAGACGGGGCUGGAGGAGUUCAACGUGGACGAAGAUCGGCCCAACGAUCCCGAACGAGAGAAGUACCAAUGGGAUGUAAACGUCGAGCCGCUCGAGCGCGACCUGGAGAUGUGUGCCUGCUGUGGCUCGGAGAUCGCGCAGCGAUGCCGGGACUCCGAGACAAAGUCGACCGACCUGCAGUGGUGCGUGUCAAAUCAUUUUCAGGAUAUGAGAAUCGAAGACGUCAUGGCACUGCUACAAGUAUUGUUUCAAGUGCUGGAAGGUGCGCAACGAGUGGACAAAACGUGUUGCUAA